AUGGACCAGCUCAUCCCGAUCAUCAACAAGCUCCAGGACGUCUUCUCGGCGAUCGGGCAGUCGCCCAUCAACCUGCCGCAGAUCGUCGUCGUCGGCAGCCAGUCGAGCGGCAAGAGCUCUGUGCUCGAGAACAUCGUCGGGAAGGACUUCCUACCCCGCGGGUCGGGCAUUGUGACCCGGCGCCCGCUCGUGCUGCAGCUCUACAACAUUCCGGCGGGCGACGACAAGGAGAAGGAGGAGUGGGGCGAGUUCAACCACCUCCCGAACCAGAAGAUUUACGACUUUGCCAAGCUGCGCGAAGAAAUCGACAAGGAGACCGACCGCAUGACGGGCAAGAACAAGGGCAUCUCCAACAAGCCCAUUACGCUCAAGAUCUUCUCGCCAUAUGUGCUCAACUUGACGCUGGUCGACUUGCCCGGCAUCACCAAGGUGCCUGUCGGCGACCAGCCCGCCAACAUUGAAGAGCAGAUCCGGGACAUGUGCACCGAGUUCAUCUCGAACCCCAACUCGAUCAUUCUGGCCGUGACGGCGGCCAACACGGACUUGGCCAACAGCGACUCGCUCAAGAUGGCGCGGGCGAUCGACCCGGACGGGCUCCGCACGAUCGGCGUCCUCACCAAGCUCGACUUGAUGGACAACGGCACGGACGCGAUGGAGAUGCUGCAAGGCCGCGUCAUUCCGCUCAAGAAAGGAUAUGUGGGCGUCGUGAACCGCAGCCAGGCCGACAUCAACAACAACGUGGGCAUUCGCGACAGCGUCGCCAAGGAGACGGUCUUCUUCAAGAACCAUGCGUCGUACCGCGCGAUCGCGAGCCGCAUGGGCACGCAGUUCCUCUCCAAGUCGCUCAACACGAUCCUCAUGCACCACAUCCGCGACUGCCUGCCAGAGAUCAAGUCGCGCAUCUCGGCGAUGCUGUCCGAGCUCGACCUGGAGAUGGACGGCAUGGGCAACCCGACCGAAAGCAUGAGCAAGACGGCGCUCGGCGCGACGCUCCUCCAGCUCAUCUCGCACUUUUCAUCGUCGUUCAUCAACUCGCUCGACGGCCGCCACACGCAGGCGAACGACAUGGCCGAGCUCUACGGCGGCGCGCGCAUCUCGUACAUCUUUAACGAAGUGUUUUCCAAGAGCCUCCAGGCGGUCGACCCGUUCGACCAGCUCAGCGACGCCGACAUCCGCACGACGAUCCGCAACGCCAACGGCCCGCGCCAGUCGCUCUUUGUGCCCGAGAUUUCGUUCGAGCUCCUCGCCAAGCGCCAGAUUGCGCGCCUCGAGGCGCCCGGUCUCCAGUGCGUCGACCUCGUCUUUGACGAGCUCCAACGCGUCACGUCGCAGUGCGAGACGGUCGAGCUCACGCGCUUUGCCGACUUGCGUGACCGCGUCGUCGAGGUUGUGAACGGCCUCCUCCGCGGCUGCUUGAGCCCGACGCAGACGAUGAUCUCGAACCUCAUCAAGACGGAGCUCUCGUACAUCAACACAAACCAUCCCGACUUUAUCGGCGGGUCGCGGGCCGUUGCGCAACUCAUGGACAAGCUGCAGCAAGAUGGUGCGUCGCCGCCGCCCCAGGCCGAAGGCAAGCGCCUCUCGAACGCGACGCGCCCACCCCCGGCCGCGCCGCAGGCCGAAGAGAAGGAGAACUCGGGACUGCUCUCGUUCUUCAACGGCAAGAAGAGCCAGGACGCGCGGUCGUCGCCCGCCUCGAGCAACGGCGGUGUCGUCAAGCUGCCCCAAGUGCCCACGACGAUGCGCCAGGCCGAGGUCCCGACCGACCGCGAGCGCAUUGAGACCGAGAUCAUCAAGUCGCUCCUCGCCUCGUACUUUGACAUAGUGCGCAAGAAUUUCCUUGACCUCGUGCCCAAGAUCAUCAUGUGCUUCAUGGUCAACUUUGCGAAGGACCAGGUGCAGAACCAGCUCGUCUCGAGCCUCUACAAGGAGGAGCGCCUCGUCGAGCUCCUCCGCGAGUCCGGCGACAUUGCCUCGCGCCGCUCCAACUGCUACGAGAUGCGCACGCUUCUCUCCAAGGCGCUCGAGAUCGUCAACGAAGUGCGCGACUUCAACACGUUCAAGUAG